UAUAUCAUACUAGUUUCAUACGACACACCUUAUUUUGAUAUCCUGUAUGGAAUCUCUGGUAUAUAAACGCUUAUGGUUCCUCUAAAAAUCAUUCGCUUCAGUUGCAGAAUACUUCAACAAACUCAAAAUGUUCGCAAAAGUUCUUGUACUCUUCGCUGCCAUCGCAGCUACACAAGCUAGUGGGCUUAUAGGAGCCGGCUAUGGAUAUGGAGCCGGAUAUGGAUUAGCUGGUGCACCAGCCCUUGUUGGAACGGCUGUCGUUCCCGCAGUCUCCUCUUCCAAAACCGCCAUCAAUCACAUUGCCCCUGCCGGAAUUGCUGCUGCUGCUGCUCCGUUGGGCCUUGCUGGACAUGGAAUCGCCAUGGCUCCUCUAGCUUAUGGAAACGGACUGAUCGGUAACGGCCUUCUCGGUGCCGGUGUUGUAGGCCACGGAAUCGCUGCUGCCCCCAUUGCUUAUGGCAACGGACUUCUCAGUUUGGGAGCUGGAAAACUCGCCCUUGGAGGAGGACUUGCCAAGGCAAUCUUGUAAAUAUCCUAUACUGCAACUUCUUUUGUAAAUGUCCUGAAUUAAAUUAUUAAAUAUGUUACAAUAAAUCACUCAUUUUAGCUA